AUGCUUUCAGGAGGGCCACCAGCAGGACCACCAGCAGGACCACCAGGAAAAGGACCUAAUUGCAAUAUAAAUAAUUGUGCUUAAUGCACUGGAGCUGGUCCAAACACUAAUUGUACAAAUUGUAAUGCAAAUUUUGCUUUAUAAUCAAAUAAAAGUUGUUAAACAUGUGGGGCUGGGCAAUUUUUAUAAUCUACUUCUAGUCCAUGUGGUUAAUGCUCUGCUAAUUGUUAGACUUGUGUUAACUCUUCUAAUUGCUAAGUAUGCAAUAACAACUAUGAAUUAAACUCUUCAAAUAAUUGCUAAGCUUGCUAAAUAAAUAACGGGUAAUACUAUGACUCUUAGAAUACUAAAUGUGGUAAUUGCCCGAUUAAUUGCCUGACUUGUAACAGUUCUACUAAUUGCUCUGUAUGUUAAAGCGGUUAUCAAGUAAAUUCUUAAAAAAAUGGUUGCUAAGCUUGUUUAAUAAAUUAAGGAUAAUAUUAUGAUUCUAGUAAAUAAACAUGCGGUUAAUGUCCUUCUUAUUGUUUGACUUGUACGAGUUCUUCGGAUUGUAGUUUAUGCUCAUAAAAUUAUGAAUUAAACUCUUCAAAAAAUGGUUGCUAAGCUUGCUUAAUAAAUUAAGGUUAAUAUUAUGACUCAUCUACAAAAACAUGUAUAAGCUGCUUUUAAAAUUGUCUCUAAUGUACCAACUAGUCAAGCUGCCAAGUUUGUAUUACAGGAUACUAUCCUAAUUCUAAUUAAUGCUCCCAAUGUAAUAACUCCUGCCUCACUUGCAAAGGACCAAACUCAAACAAUUGUCUUUCUUGCAAUAAUGGGUAUUACUUAUACACAGAUAUCACAACUUGUUCAUAAACUUGUAACACAUAAGGAGGCUAUUUUGCAAGUUAAAAUACAUGCUCUCCUUGUGAUAAAACAUGUAGUACUUGUAAUGGAUCUUCUAAUACUCAAUGUAUUAUCUGUGUAACUGGACUUUAUAAAUAUGGUGGAAAUAAUCUCUGUAGGACUUGCCCAACAAUUUCAAAUCAAGCUGUAGUAAGUAAUUGUCAAAGCUCUCAAAAAGAAUGCUUAUAUAACAACUAAACAAAAAAUUAUGAGUUAACUGAUGUGUGCUCUAUAUGCAUUCAAGGAUACACUUUAAGUAACAAUAAUUGUGUAGAUAGUUGCUCUUUAAUUGCCCAGAAUUACUAUUAUAAUCCUAGCUCUAGUUAAUGUUAAUGUUCUCCUAGCUAUCCAUAUAAGCACAUAAGAAAAGACAAUUCUAUUUUCUGCAGUAACUAUCAGUUACCAGGAUUUUAUUGUGAUGUUAACUAAAUUUGCUAUGCAUGCAAUCAAUCUAAUUGUUAAACGUGCCCUAAUUAAAAUACUUGUACAUUAUGUAAUAGUGGAUACUAUCUUUGGUUGAAUCAGUGUCUUUAGUAAUGUCCAUCCUCUUAAAAUUUAUAAAUUUCUAGCUCUUAAUCAUAGUGUGAAUGUAUUUAAAAUUAUAUUCUUAUCAUUCCAGACAAUAUUUGUAUUAUUAAGUUGAGUAUAACUUCUAUUAAUCUAUCUAAAGACUCUCAAUACAAUGUAAUAACAGUUGUUUUUAACAGAGUACCUUAUCCAAAUGAGACAAAUGGGAUUAGCAUACAACUAGAUCCUGGCAAAUUAAUUUUAAAUACAGAUUAUUAAAUUAUAUCAUAACAACUGAUCAGCAACACUGUUGUUUUUAAUAUAUCUGUAGAGUAAAAUAGAAGAGUUAAUCAAAUAGUAGUUACUUACAAUAAUCAACAAACUACAUUCUAAUUAUAAAAUGCUAUUCUUACUACAAAUACUUAUAACAAUUCUUAGUAAAGUGUUUAGGGAAAAAUUGAUAGCGCUACAAGCGCUAGCAAGGCUCUUACUUCUGGUUAAGGAAAUGGCUAUAGCAUAAUUCUCGUUCUCAAAAAAUUCUAAAUUUUGUGUUUCCUUUCAAAUUUUAUUUAAUUUUUUGGACCCUUAAUUUUAUUUAAAAACUACCUACCUCAAAUAGUUUAUGUCGGAACAAUUCUAGCAUCUUCAUUUAUAUUUACUUCUAUUCCUGAUGCUAGUUAAUUAAAUACAAAUAGUUAAAGUGAUAGCACAAGUUAAGGCUCAGCUUCCUCUGAGCAGUAGCUUUUAUAAGACUUAGGAUUACAAGCAAAUUUAUACUAUGCUCUUCCGAUACCAAAUAUAUCUUUAAUAAUAUCAGUAAUUAUAGUCCUUCUUUGCUGCUUUGCUAGAUGGGUUAUGAAAGGAAAGCAAUAUACUAUGGAAAUAGUAAACUUUUUAAUCAAUUUAGCAUCAUCUGUUCAAUAAGGCUUUAUCACUCCUUCUCUAUUUAGCAUUUAUUACUGCCUAGCAUUUACAUAAGAGAAAUAUAUUGCUAUUAUUUAAUUGCUUAUCCAUGCAUCCUUUUUUGUUUUAAUUUACUAUUUUUCUUUUAAAAGAGAUGUAAAUUAUAUCGAAAGUUAUUUACCCAAUUUUGCUUUAAAUAUUAACACAAAGGCAAAGGGAUGGAAUACAUAUUUAUUUGCUAGCUACAUAAAAAAAUAUGUUAUCAUUUUACUAAUUUUAACUAUUCCCACUCACCCUAUUGCUUGUUAGUUUUUAAUCUCUGUUUCAGUAAUUCUGUUUAUGAUAUGCAUUAAGAAACAAUAGGAUAUUUUAAACUAAGAUGCAAUAUCUGAUAAUGAUCUAAAAAGUAUAGAUGAAUUUAGCUUUAUAUAUUUAACCAAAAAAAAUGAAUAAGAGCAGCUUACUGAAUCGCUUGAUUAAAUAUUGGACUAAUUUAACUCAUUUCAGUAAAAAAAAGUGGUUUUUAACAAAGUUCUAGUAAAAAAAGAAAGUUUAAACUUUAAAGAAUAAUCAUAAAAAAUUGAUUUCGAAUAAUGA